AUGAUUAUUCACUGGCUAUUCCUUAUAUUCAUUUUUUCGUAUGCACAUGCUAAACCGACUAAUACAACAAAUGAUCAUUGGCGGCGAUCAGUGAUUCCGUCAGUGUUAUCGGGCCGAUCAGCUAUUUCGAUAGUUGAGGAAGAUAAACGUUGCUUUGCGUGUCCGAAUAUACCUGACACAGGCAUCAACAAUCGAUGUAUUGUUCCUUGCCAUUAUAAUCAACGAUGUUAUUUACGAGCUUUACAUGCUAAUGCAACGCUUACUGAUCGACGUUGUACCGAUGAGCAAUGGGUACGUGAUUUGCUCGUCGAUGGUUGUCUUACAUAUAAUGGUCAAUAUUGGUGUAUGUGUUCUACUGAUCUAUGUAAUUCCGGUGAUUUUACAUCUAUUCGUGGAUAUGAUGAUUGUUCAAAUGAUCCGUGUCCUUCGGGAACGAUCUGUCUUGAUACAAAAGAUGGGUUCAGUUGCAUAUGUCCACCAUGGCAAGAUGAUUGCACGUAUGCAUCAAAUAUCGGCUGUUCUUGUAAAAACGGUGGUCGAUGUCUUAUGGGCCUUGGAACAUAUGUUUGCGAAUGUCCGUACGGCUACAAUGGAUUAAGUUGUGAAACAAGAGAUAUUUGUAUACCAAAUCCAUGCAUGAACGGUGGUACAUGUCAGUCACAAGGUCUACUCAGUUUUACCUGCCAAUGUCGACCUGGCUUCCAAGGACUUACUUGUCAGAUAUGUGAUGCAUGCAUCCCCAAUCCGUGUCAAAAUGGUGGAUCAUGUAUUUUCGACGAACCAACUGGCUCUUUUCGAUGUUCAUGUCCACCUGGAUACACAGGUCGUACUUGUGACAUUAGUAGUUCAAUAACACAGAGUCCGCCUUCAAAUCCUUGUUCACCGAAUCCGUGUCAAAAUGGAGGAACAUGUCAACCAAAUGGUGCUGGAAGUUUUACAUGCCAAUGUCCCGUUGGAUUCCAAGGAUUUUGCUGUGAAUCACGUGUCGAUCCUUGUACACCGAAUCCUUGUCAAAACAACGGUCUUUGCACAGCAAGUGGAACUUCCUUUUUCUGUUCAUGUUUAACUGGCUUCACUGGACAACUUUGCGAAACACGUGAUCCCUGUGCACAAAAUCCUUGUUUGAACGGCGGUCAAUGUACAUCGAAUAGUUUUGGCGGUUUUACCUGCCAAUGUCCGCUAGGGUACACUGGACUACGCUGUGAAGAUCGUGAUGACCCAUGUACAAGUCAACCAUGUCGAAAUGGUGCGACAUGCCGACCUGUCAACGGUAAUUCGUACCAGUGCAUCUGUCCACCUGGCUACUCAGGUGCUGACUGUUCAAUACGUGACGCGUGUGCCGACAACCCAUGCUUGAAUGGUGGCACCUGUAUGCCAAAUGGAUUUGGCGGAUUUGUUUGUCAGUGUCCACCAGGAUACAGUGGUCCACGUUGUGAAGAUCGUGAUCCCUGCGCUUCUCAACCUUGCAUGAAUCAGGGCAACUGUGUGCCACAGAAUGGUGGGUACAGAUGUGUGUGUCCACCAGGCUUCACCGGCACGAGAUGUGAAAUCCGAGAUGCAUGUCAAAGUAAUCCUUGCAUGAAUGGUGGAACAUGCCGCCCAGUCAAUGGAAAUGGUGGAUACCAAUGUGUCUGUCCAACAGGAUAUAGUGGACCGCGCUGUGAAACAAGAGAUGUUUGUACGCCAAAUCCAUGUCUGAAUGGUGGUCAGUGCAUAUCGAAUGGUUUCGGAGGAUUUGACUGUCGAUGUCUGCCGGGAUACAGUGGUCCACGUUGUGAAGAUCGUGAUCCUUGUGCUUCUCAACCUUGCAUGAAUCAAGGCACAUGCACGCCACAGAACGGUGGAUAUCGAUGUGUAUGUCCACCAGGCUUCACUGGCACGAGAUGUGAAAUCCGAGAUGCAUGUCAAAGUAAUCCUUGCAUGAAUGGUGGCACUUGUCGUCCUAUCAACGGAAACGGUGGAUACCAAUGUGUCUGCCCAGCAGGAUUCAGUGGACCACGAUGUGAAAAUAGAGAUCCAUGUGCUCAAAAUCCGUGUCUUAACGGUGGUCAAUGUAUUGCGAACGGAUUAGGAGGAUUUGACUGUCGAUGUCCACCCGGAUACAGUGGUCCGCGUUGUGAAGAUUCGAACCCUUGUGCAAAUAAUCCUUGCGGUAGUAAUGGGCAAUGCAUACAGAGUAAUGGUGGAUUUUACUGUGAAUGCAAUUUGGGCUUCUAUGGUAAUCGCUGUGAACGUCGAGUAUGCCAGCCGAAUCCGUGCACAAAUGGCGGCACGUGUGAAGCCCGUCCAAAUGGUGUCUUUCAUUGUACAUGUCCACCAGAAUUUCAAGGUCAACGAUGCGAAUUUCGCAAAGUUUGUGAACCGAAUCCAUGUGUGAAUGGCGGCACAUGUAGUCCGUACGGUCUCGAUACAUAUUCAUGCAAUUGUCCAUUUGGCUACACGGGCCGAAACUGUGAAACUCGUAAUCCAUGCAUUCCAAAUCCAUGUCAAAAUAGUGGCCGCUGUCAGCCCAAUAUCGCCGCAGGUACUUAUACUUGCAACUGUCCGGUAGGCACUUCUGGCCCCAAUUGUGAAAUAAGGGAUGCUUGUGGAAGUAACCCAUGCCAAAAUGGUGGCACAUGCCGUCCUGUGAAUGGCAAUAGUUAUCAAUGCAUUUGUCCAACAGGCAUUUCCGGAACUAAUUGCGAGAUCCGUGAUCCAUGUGCAGAGAAUCCUUGUUUGAAUGGCGGUCAAUGUACAUCGAAUAGUUUUGGCGGUUUUACCUGCCAAUGUCCGCCCGGAUACACUGGACCACGCUGUGAAGAUCGUACUGACCCAUGUACAAGUCAACCAUGUCGAAAUGGUGCUACAUGUCGACCUGUCAACGGUAAUUCGUACCAGUGCAUUUGUCCGCCUGGUUACUCAGGUGCUGACUGUUCAAUACGUGAUCCAUGUGCAGAGAAUCCUUGUUUGAAUGGCGGUCAAUGUACAUCGAAUAGUUUUGGCGGUUUUACUUGCCAAUGUUCGCCCGGAUACACUGGACCACGCUGUGAAGAUCGUGCUGACCCAUGUACAAGUCAACCAUGUCGAAAUGGUGCCACAUGUCGACCUGUCAACGGUAAUUCGUACCAGUGCAUUUGUCCGCCUGGUUACUCAGGUGCUGACUGUUCAAUACGUGACGCGUGUGCCGACAACCCAUGCUUGAAUGGUGGCACUUGUAUAUCAAAUGGAUUUGGCGGAUUUGUUUGUCAGUGUCCACCAGGAUACAGUGGCCCACGUUGUGAAGAUCGUGAUCCUUGUGCUUCUCAACCUUGCAUGAAUCAGGGCACAUGCACGCCACAGAACGGUGGAUAUCGAUGUGUAUGUCCACCAGGCUUUACUGGCACGAGAUGUGAGAUCCGAGAUGCAUGUCAAAGCAAUCCUUGCAUGAAUGGUGGAACAUGCCGCCCAGUCAAUGGAAAUGGUGGAUACCAAUGUGUCUGUCCAACAGGAUAUAGUGGACCGCGCUGUGAAACAAGAGAUGCUUGUACUCCAAAUCCAUGUUUGAAUGGUGGUCAGUGCAUAUCAAAUGGAUUGGGAGGAUUUAGCUGCCGAUGUCUGCCGGGAUACAGUGGUCCACGCUGUGAAGAUCAAGAUGGUUGUGCGAGUCAACCAUGUAAAAAUAAUGGUGCGUGCGUCAGUUCAGCUGGCGGUGGAUAUACCUGUCAGUGUGCAACAGGCUUCCAAGGUCAGAAUUGUGAACAAGUUGAUAUCUGUGGUGUAAAAAAUCCUUGUAUCUGUGGUACAUGCCAAAACGAUGCAUCCAGUUCGCAAGGCUUCCGCUGCUUCUGUCCACCCGGAUAUUCGGGCAAUCGAUGCGAAAAACUGCUUAGCUGUCUAGAUAGCGGAGAAGAAUGUAUCAAUGGUGGUGAAUGUAUACAACGGCCAUUGGGCGAUCAUGUCUGUUCGUGCCCAUAUCCCUAUUGUGGCCUUCGUUGUCAAUACCAACGACCUUUUUGUGAUGGUUCGUCAAUGGGUGCUACAUCAGUUGCAACAACAACAUUAAAUCCAACAUGCUCAUCCAGUCUAUGUAAUAAUCGUGGUGUAUGCCAAACGUUUGCCUACGGUGCAGGUAUUCGUUGCUUCUGUUCAAGAGGAUGGUCUGGCUCACGAUGUCAAUACGCAAUGCGUGUAACGAAUGAACGCAGUCAAAAUCUAAUACAAAGCAACCGAACAAUGCUAACCAGUACAAAAGCGUCGGUUAAGCAAUAA